UUUCAGAUGCCAAAACUGAAGGGUUGGCGUCAAUCACAGGCUGCAACCAGGCGCUGCGCUCAGCGCGAGUUCCUGAUUGUUGGUCCACAAGGCCACAGUGAUGACGUGCCUACAGGUGUGUAACAUUUUCUUUUAAAUGUAUCAUUUUUUCUUCACGCACUAUAUUGGUAACAGUGUCUUAUUUUUUGUAUCUUGGAAAAAACACAUCCAAAUCAGGUUUACUGUUUACAUUUUACAAUAAUACAUGUCAAUGUUAUCUGUGUAAUAGGCACUGUCGGGACUGGUUAUCGCCAUCGCGUUAACCAGUGGCCAAUAUCUGUGUUGACUGGUCGGCAACACAAAUUGGUCAUUCCUCCUGAGGUUCCUGACAAGAAGGUAUGAUACUGACAUUAUUUUUUACCCUCACAACACAUAUUUCAGCUGAUACAGUAUUUAAUUAGUAUUUCUCCCUUUUUCAUCCUAGUUUGUUCUUAUCGUCGGUGACUCUCACCUGCGCCCAUUUGUUGAUGGGGUUGUGCCAUUGCCUGAAGGACAGAUGUCCUUUGGGUUCAUGUCCACACCAGGGGCCUGCGCUGAUGGACUGAGGACUGAGAUGGUACAUGCUGUUGUGCCUCGCAAUCCUGACUUGGUCAUCGUCAUGGCUCCUAGCAACAACCUCACAACCCAAGGGUCUCUUGAGAAGUCGUCAACAGAUUUUGCUAAACUUCUCUCCACUGCUGUUGGAAGGUGGUUCAAGGUGGGGCUAUGAUGUCAUUAACACAUUUUGUAGUGUCUCAAUUUGUAGUUAUGCUCUGUAAUAACUGUUGUGUUUUUUGUCCUUCUGGUGUGUUUGCUAUUUUAACAGGUAAUUGUGUAUGACUUUCCACCUCGCCUGAACCACCCUUUAGAUCAUCAGGAGCUGCUGCGGCAGGAAUUCCGUCGAGUCGCAGCACGUAUGGGUAUGUUUUACAACACUUUAAAUUUGCGUCAUGACAAAAUUCUAAAUGACAAUAAUAUCAUCAUAAAACCAAUCAUAUAAAACAUCUACAGAAAACACAAACAAAUUACAUGUAUUUUUUAGAAUAACUCACAACUCUGUACAUUUUAUGGACACAGUGAAAGAAUAAUUGUCUUUUCUGUUUGUAGUAAAAUACACACAUCUGUACUAAUGCUUCACUUUGUCUCACUUUACAUUAACAGGCAUUCGAUAUGUUUGCCCUGCUGCUGAUGACUUCCCCCUGAGACGCCUCAAGCUGUGGUGCAGGGAUUCUGUUAGUACAAUCCCUACUCAUCUGAUGUUUCAUAUGGACUUCAUAAUAAAUGCACAAAUUUUUGCAUCAUGCAAAUUUGUGAUCAUGAAAAUUGUCUUGUCUUCUAUAUAGGUCCAUCUCAGUGAUGAUAGUGGGUCGCCUAUUCUGGGGCAGCGUCUCUGGCAGGCGGCCUACACUGAACUGGAGAGAGGUGAUCCUGCAUCGGUGCUGUCAGUGCAGCGCAGGCGCUCCCCCCCCCCGAGCACUGUCACACCAAAGGUGGUUGUGAGGGGAGAGGUACCUGCACCUGAACCAUCCAACCCCUUUGAGUGGACGGUGUGUGGAAAGGUGCACAAGGUAAACAUAAUUCCUGUGUUUGUAUAUACAUAUAGUAUAUGUAUUUAAUACAGUAUUGUAAAUUCUCAACUUACUUAUCACAGCAGAAUCUCUCUGGCAACGAGGUGGAGGACUCUGCUCCAUGCACGCAGCAGGUUUGUCAUCCUUUUUAUGACACAACUAUCAUACAAAACCACAAUCAUCAGAAUUUCUGUAUGGAUUACACACAUUUUCUUUGAAAAGCAACCCUUUUCUAAAGUAUUACUUUAUUUAUUCUAUAUUUUUUUUCUCUCUCCUUCUCAUCCUAGUUGUCAACAGUUGGGUUGCGAGACUGUUUUGUGCGUCUCAACCCUAUCCAUUUCAGUGCACACCUGAUGGAUGCCAUGGAGAAGAUUUCGCCGUCCCAGCUUCCCAACCCUGUUCCACAAGAUGAUGAGGUCAGUGAAAAUGUCAAACUACAGCAGCACUUUGACUGUUCAUUCAUAAAAUGUUUUGUGUUGCACAACAACAAUUCUUAUAAGAAAUAUUUCUUCAUUCAGAUGCCACGUGUGGAACCACGCAGGACUGUGGUUGCAUCUCGAAGGAUCCCUGCCAGGAAGCAGGUUUGUUUCUUCAUUGGCACACAUGGUGUAUUAAUAUGCAAGCACGCAGAGCUAUGUUUGCAUCUAAACCAAGUUUAACAUACAGAACUGAAAUAAUAACAUUGAGAAAUGUUACUUGGCCCUUAAUUUCAAAAAAAAUUUUUCUUUAUUCAUUCACAAAUAAGAUGUUAGUAUUAUCAGUUAAUGAUUCUACUUUCAACUAUAAAAGUAAAGUUUUUUACAAUUUGCCCUUUUUAUCAAUGACAAUAUAUUUAUGCACAAACUUUUGUGUGCAGGGAAGGGCCUUGGGUGUCCAGAGCCCAGCCGAGCUGCAGACGACUGAGGUGCCUCCUGCUACAGAAGUCACUUCCCCUGAGGUGGGCUUGGAGAGGGUGGCAGAGCUCCAGACGUGCCCGGGCGUGGUGACGGUGAACGCUACCAUCCUGUCAGCACCUCAGCCAGAGGGAGACACCCAGGUGGAACAGGUAAGUAUGCGUAAACGUCUUCUUUUCCCCCCUCUUGUGUUUGGUGAUUUUGAUCGCUCACCUGUGCAGGUUAGCAGUAUGGAGACUGAGGCAGUACAGUUUCUGUGCACUGAGAUUGAGGGUGAGAUGUCUGACCCAGGUUGGGUAAGAGACAGUGUCCAAGGAUCAUUUCACCAGGGAAGUGAUUUAUUAAGUUAUCACGGAACACAGUGUAUGGCAAUUGGGCUGGCCAGCGUUGCCAAACACAGUGUCAAAAGCGUUUUCUCAUGGGGUGUGCAUGAUCUUGACACAGCUUUGCUCUGUGGGGAUCAACUGUACACAUAUCUGCGAGAUAACGACAAAAUCAGUGGCGGGAGUGAUUUUUUGUGUAUUCCAGAUUUGCCUGCUUCACACACAAUUGAUGGCAUGGAAUUUGACUUUGAGUAUGGUGAUUACAUGUCUGGACUCAUCAACCAGACUGAUGGGUCACCCAUUGCACCCGGGUUGACAACAUUGCUGCAUAGUCUACAAAUUCUGUUUUACAAAUAUGACACAUGCUUUUUGACAUUGCAUUGCAGCACAUGUGUUGUCAUUCAUGAGAAUAAUAUGUUUGCUGUUGUUGAUUCUCAUGCUCGAAAUGCUUUGGGCCUGGUGGAUCCUGAUGGCAGAAGUGUUGUUGCAUAUUUCCGUAACUUGCAGGAACUGUAUACACAUGCAUUAGCCUUGGCUGCAUCACAGCAUGUGAGCAACCAGGCUUUUGAAGUUGCUGGUGUGCGUGCAAUCCCCAGAAUGUCAGCAAUUGAAAGUAUGUGUUUGCCAUCCAGCUCAAGAGUACAUACUGAAAUACUGAGCAAAAUGAAGAGUGUCUAUGCAGAUGUACAACAGGAAGUGUCGCACUCCAAGCAGGGGUGUUCAUCCAGUACAUCAGUACAUAGGAAGCAAGGCUUGAAACGUCAACGCUUUGUGCACGCUCCUGCUGCCAAGAGAGCAAAGACGAACAAUUUUGGUGAUGAUGUAUUCAUUGUUAAAGACACAAACAACAAGAGUGCAAAUAAUAGUAAUGAUGUUGUGUGCAUUGAUGAUGCAAUAAGCCAGACUGACGACGAUGUGAUGUGUGUUGGUAAUGGAGCCCAACAAGAUUUAGUGUUUAACCCCCUUCAGUUAGAGGUUGCCAAAGUGUUGUGCAACACUUUAGGGAUAGAAUGUCAGAAAGUUGAAAUGGAAGGAUUUGUAGCAGGCAUAUUAGGACCUCCAUGCAAGAAGCAGCCUAUUGUCGGCGAUGGAAAUUGCUUCUUCAGAGCUGUGAGUCAUGUUUUGUCUGGUAGUGAGAGGUUUCACAGGAAACUCAGGUUGGCAGUUGACACAUUGAAUGUCAUCCUGGAUCAUAUGAGCACAUUCUGAGAAAUGAAUUUACCUCUGUCAAAGAAUAUGUUCACAUGUCCAGAAUGCGAUAUGUGGGUAGUUGGGCCACAGAGGUGGAGAUUCAGGCUGCAGCAGAUUGUUUCGGGGUUAGCAUUUUUACCUACAUUGACGGUCGAUGGCUUCAAUACAGCUGUCAAGGUCGACAAUUAUCAGAACAGGCAGUGUAUUUGGAGAACUGUAAUAACAUCCAUUAUGAGGCUGUUGUCUGUGUUCGACAACCUAAUGUGGACUGUGAUUGCUGUGAUUUCUGUAAAGGUGCUGUUGCACAUAGUACCAACUAUGGUUUGACACAGGUGAGCAAAAAUGCGCCAUAUAACCUCAGGACAGGAUGUCAGGACUUCAAGCAACAGAGUCAUCAGAUUUUAAGUCCUUCACAUCAUGAAAAAAGGUUGUCAAAAUAUCUUAAAAAGAAGAAGUUUUUGCAAAUGAAAAUUAACUACCACAAAAACUUUUUGGAUUACAACGGACGUAACCAACAUGUUAGGAAUAGAUAUAAGCACAAUCUGUUGUAUCAACAGAAACUCAAGGCUUUAAGUAAGGUCAAAUACUUAGAUGAGGUGCACAAAGAAGAUGUUAAAAACAGAAGCAAGAUUAAGUAUAGAGACGAUGAUACCCACAGACAAAUUGUUAAAAAUAGAAGCAAGGACAGAAGCAACAUUAAAUAUAGGGACAAUGAUACCUACAGAGAAAUUGUUAAAAAUAGAAGCAAGGACAGAAGCAACAUUAAAUAUAGGGACGAUUAUACCCACAGAGAAAUUGUUAAAAAUAGAAGCAAGGACAGAAGCAACAUUAAAUAUAGGGACGAUGAUACCCACAGAGAAAUUGUUAAAAAUAGAAGCAAGGACAGAAGCAACAUUAAGUAUAGGGACGAUGAUACCCACAGAGAAAUUGUUAAAAACAGAAGCAAGGACAGAAGCAACAUUAAAUAUAGGGACGAUUAUACCCAUAGACAAAUUGUUAAAAACAGAAGCAAGGACAGAAGCAACAUUAAAUAUAGGGACGAUGCUACCCACAGAGAAAUUGUUAAAAUCAGAAGCAAGGACAGAAGCAAAAGUAAAUAUAGGGAUGAUAAUACCCACAGACAAAUUACUAAACACAGAAGCAGGGAAAUAAGUAAGGUUAAAUAUGGAAAAGCUGCAUUUAGGCAGACAAAAAUAAAUUCAGUAAAGACAAAUUACCACCAGAACACAGAACACUUCCUUGAAUCUAAGAAACUUAGAAUAUUAGACAGGAAGGUAAAACUAGAACAGAUGGACUUUGUAAUUGAGCAGUUUUUGGAAAAAAUCAAAGAUGGGCCAGCCUUUGUGUGCAGUGUGUGCCAUAGACUUUUGUUUAAACACCAGGUUUCGAGUUGUAAGAUAGACAAGUACAAUAGCAAUACAAAUACAGCUCGUGUCGCAGCUAGAUGUAUUAAAGAUGUGUAUGUGCAUAAAUGUGUGUCUUCUUGUGCCGUACCAUGUGUUUUGAAAGCUUCCCCUCGUGGUAGUUUGUGGAUUUGUCAUUCAUGUCAUGGCAAGGUCAGUAAAGGUGACAAGCCAGCUGAGAGCGCAUCCAAUAAUCUGACCGUUGAUCCAAUUCCACCUGAGUUGGCUUGUUUAAAUCGCCUAGAGUCGCAUUUAAUUGCACUCCAUAUCCCCUUUUUGAAGAUGGUAGCUCUUCCUAGAGGUGGUCAAAAUGGUGUUCAUGGGCCGAUUGCAUGUGUUCCAGCCAACAUUGUCCAAACCAGUAACGCGUUGCCACAUUCAAACAUGGAAGGUUCAGUUAUUCCCGUUAAACUGAAGCGCAAGCUUACUUAUAAAGGACAUUAUGCAUACGAGUAUGUUGACCCUAUGCAUAUCAAGAAAGCACUGCAUUAUCUGAAAGAGAACAAUCCGUUCUACAAAGAUGUGCAGUUCAAUGAUGACUGGAUAAAUGAAUUUUGCAGGGAUGAGAGUGCUGACAAAGAGCAGCAGAGUAUUGUUGAUGAACAGGGAGGAUCGAAUGCAGAGAGCUCUGAGGCAUCUACAGCUGAGGCAGCUGCAGCUGAGGAAGAACUUCUGCAUGAUCGACAGCAGCAUUGCAUGUUUCAAGACACAUGCUCAAUGCCUGUUGAUAUUGGCCAGGAAGCGCUGGACCAAUAUUUUGAUGGUGUUUUGAACUUGGCUCCAGCUGAUGGACAGAACCCUGUGAAGGUUUUGACAACAAAGGAGAACGAGGCCAAGUGUUUCCCCGUGUUGUUUCCAAAAGGCCGUGGAACAUUUUUUGAUAACAGAAAAUUUUCUCUGACUCUGUUCCGCUAUUUGAGCAACAGGCUAUAUCAUGCUGAUGGUAGGUUUGCACAGAAUAUUGAGUUUAUUUUUUAUGCUUGUUACAUGCUUGAGUUACACCAAGUCAUGUCCAGUGUGUCAAUUGCGUUGAGAAAAGGGAAAGCCAGUAAGGUUAGAACAAAGAUUAGUGAUGUAUUGAAAGAUGAAGACAACCUGCGUGACCUUUUAAAUCAUGAUGAUGGGUACCGGUUUUUAAAACCUGUAAGGGGUACUCCAGCAUUUUGGCAGGGAAUUCAGAAGGAUAUGUUAGCAUGCUUGCGACAGCUUGGCAAACCUGCAUGGUUUCGUUCAUUUUCUGCAGCAGAUUUGAGGUGGAAGGAAUAUUUAGGGCAGAGGGGCGAGCACAGACAUUUGAGGACCUGGAGUGGGCAGACAAGUGCGACCUGUUGCGUCGUAAUCCUGUACUCGCUGCUCGCAUGUUUGAUUAUCGCUGGCAUCUAUUUCUGAAAGAGGUGUUGAUGUCUCCAGCAAAUCCAAUUGGCAAAAUCCUCGACUACUUUUACAGGGUGGAGUUCCAGCAGCGUGGCUCUCCACACGUUCAUUGUCUGUUUUGGAUUGAGAAUGCCCCUGUAAUUGAUGUGAACACAGAUGAUGAGGUUGUUCAGUUUAUUGAUAAAUAUGUUUCAUGUGAACUACCUAACAACACUGACGAUUUACAUGAGGUUGUUUCUUCAGUGCAGCAGCAUUCAAAGCGGCACUCCAAAACUUGUAAAAAAGGUGGAAAACAGUGCCGCUUCAAUUUCCCAAAACCAGUGUCUGCUAGGACUUUCAUUUCCUGGGCAUAUAAGGAGGUUGAGAUGGAGUGCGUGUGUCAGCGCAACGACCAUAACAUGGUAGAACAGUGCACUUGUGGCAAGGAAGAAAAUGAGAAGAAGCACAAGCAGGAAGGGGAAUUUGCUGUUAAGGUUUUUGAAUUAAUAGCUAAAGCAUUGUCAGACGAGAACUGCACAAUUCAAACUGCAGAUGAGCUAUUUGCGAGUAUAGGUAUACGACAGGAGACAUUUGAGGCAGCAUACAGGAGGUUAGGGAAAAAGACAGAGGUGAUUAUGCGACGGCAGGUUAUUGAUACGUGGAUCAACCCACAUUCCAAGACUCUGUUAAAAGCUUGGAAUGCAAACAUGGACAUCCAGUAUGUGACUGAUGCUUAUGCUUGUGUAGUCUACAUCAUUUCAUACAUCUCUAAAGCAGAAAGACAGAUGGGAUUGAUGUUAGCAAAUGCACAGCGUGAAGCAUCUAAGGAAGACAACCUCAGUGCCAAACAGGCUUUGAAAAAGCUAGGCAGUGUUUACCUUCACAACCGAGAUGUUGGGGCUCAGGAGGCAGUCUACAAGCUCAGCAACAUGCACUUAAAAGAGUGCUCUCGGAAGGUGGUUUUUGUACCGACAGGUGACAAUGUUGUCAGGAUCAGCAAGCCAUUGACUGUGUUAAAAGACAUGGCUGCUGAAUCCACAGAACAGAUGUGGAUGAUCAACUUUGUUUACCGUUAUAAAAACAGACCCAGAGAUCAUAUAUUUGAAGCCAUGUGCCUUGUCCAUUUUGCUGCUGAGUAUCGUGUGCUCUACAAAGGUGAAAAAUCAAAAAACCGAAUUGAACUUGAUAACGGCUGUGGGUUUGUGUUGAGAAGAACCCGCACACAGCCUGCGCAAGAUUCUCUGAGACUAAAAGUCCAGAGUUAUUUCACCAAAGCAUUUUGCAGCUGUUUCUUCCGUAUCGUACAGAAGAACAGCUAAAGCCAGAGGGAUUUGUCACUUUUGAAGACUUUUACAAAACUGGCCGUGUCAUCAUUGGUGAUGGACAGCUACGUUCAGUGAAGUCAAUUGUGGACUCGAAUCGCUGCAAUUAUGAAAUAGAUGCUGAUGACUUAGAUGAGGUUUUUGAUUCUGUAAAUUUUGAUGGUCCUCUAGAAGAUGCGUGGGGGCAGUUGUUCCCACAGCAAGAAACUGAACGCCUGGAGUCAAUCCAGGAAAGGGCAGAGCAGAUAGAGGUAGACAAUGACCCAGUGGAACAUAUUCCUGAUCUGGCUGGGGGUGUAGAGCAGGCUAAGGUAACUAAGUGCAACAAUUUAAGUAGAAGCGAGGGAUUGGCAUUAUGCAGGUCUUUAAAUGAUGACCAGAUGCGUGUGUUAAACAAGGUCCAUCAGUGGUGCGUUGUUAAAGCAGCAGGUAGAAACCCAGACCCCUUUCAUGUGUUUGUAACAGGUGGUGCUGGCGUUGGAAAAUCGCAUUUAAUCAGAGCGAUUCAAUACGAGGCCACAAGGUUAUUGUCACCAAUGUGUCGACAACCUGACAAUAUCAGUAUUUUGUUGACUGCACCAACAGGGAUUGCUGCAUAUAAUCUGCAUGCAACCACCCUGCACAGUACAUUUAGCAUAGGGAAAGAUGUUCGCCUCCCUUAUGUACCAAUAGGUGAAGAAAAGUUAAACACAUUGAGAAUGAAAUAUUGUGAUCUCCAAAUCUUGAUAAUUGAUGAAAUUUCUAUGGUGGAUCACAAUAUGCUCACUUAUGUGCACGGCUGACUUCACCAAAUUAAACAGACAGGCAUUCACACUCCAUUUGGAAAUGUGAGCGUCAUGGCAGUGGGGGAUUUUUAUCAGUUGCCUCCGGUGAAAGGCAAACCGUUAUACAUGGAACCACUUGGAGUUGAUCUUUGGAGCACUCAUUUUAAGGUUGUCAAGUUGACAAAAGUAAUUCGGCAGACAGACGAAGAUUUUGCCUGACUACUGAAUCGAGUUCGGAUGCAUCCAAAAGACUCAGACAUGUUGCAAAGUGAUAUCACCACUUUGAAACAGCGAGAAACUGGCGAAGAAUGCUCAGGUUUGCAUAUAUUUGCCACAAAUAGCCAGGUCAAUGAGCACAACUUUGAGCAGCUACAAAGAACAUGUCCAGAUUACCAUGUAAUACAGGCUCAAGAUUAUAUAAACAACUCAAAGACAGGCAAACUGGAAUUGAAAAAGGGCUAUCAUACACUAACAUAUAACACGUGUUUAGAUGCAACAUUGUUAUUGGGUACUGGCUCUCGUGUCAUGUUGACAAAAAAUUUGGAUUUGGCUGACGGCUUGGUUAAUGGUGCAUGUGGCACAGUAACAGAUGUAGUUUGUGUUGAAAAUGAAAAGUUUCCGCAGUGUAUUUUUGUGAAAUUUGAUGAUGAAGUAGUUGGUGUUGAGAAGAGGAAACAGUCAGGAAGGGUGUCAGAUCAUCUUGUUGGUUCCACGGCUAUUACACCGGAGGAAGAAAGAGUGACAAAGAAGGGAGGUCAAUUUCCGCUUGAUCAUUCAAGAUUUCAAUCCCAAAAAAAUCUAUUGUCGGCCAGAAAUUGCUCAGGCCACUUCAAGGAUGGCUUCAUUCCUAGAACCUAUCACCUGGCAAGGGAGAGUGGAGGACACUUUGACAGUGUUCCUCAUGAAUGUUCAGGGUUUGAGACGCCAUGUGUCUGACUUGGCUCAGCACACACAGCAUUUGCAGCCAGAGUGCAUUGCUGUGACUGAGACGUGGUUGCAUCCAGGUUGUUCCUCAGAGACACUCAAGAUAGCCAACUACUCUCUGCAUAGUUGUCCACGAGCUCUGGCAUAUGAUGGUCAAACUGCCCCCUUUGCCUCUUUGCAGGCAAAAGAACAUGGGGGAGUUGCAAUGUAUUGUGAUGGAAUUAUGCAGUUUGCAAUCAUCAAGGUGCCUUGUUUCAAUGUGGAAUGUUUGGUGUACCACUGCAUAAACCUUAACAUUUUCCUUAGUCAUAUAUCGGCCUCCAACCUACCCCAUGACACUAUUCAAACAAAAUAUUAUCAAACUACUCCAAUGGCUGGAACACAUUGGCAAAAACAUUAUUGUCAUGGGAGAUUUCAACGAUGACAUAUUGAAGUCAUCUUCAAUUUGCAAAUUUUUCCAAGAUAGAGGUUAUGAUCAGGUGAUCACCCAGCCUACCACAGAGCGAGGCACUUUGAUUGAUCAUGUUUUUGUGAGAGGGGGCAUUUUCCACACACAAGCUGAAGUAAUGCCUUCAUAUUUUAGCGACCAUGAAGGUAUUUACUGCAGCUUUAAAAUUUGUGAUUAAUCAUGUACACUGCUGUUUUUGAUAUUAUUAAUGCUUUCCAUAGAAAAGUAGAUUUGAAAGUGUUUUAGCAGGUUUCCAUACAGCUGGCAGAUGGAUCAAUUUACAACACCUGGACAAACCAUGAUGUCAACGCAAGUGACCACUUCAGGACAUUGUAAGUAUGGACAUUUAUGGUGAUUGUAUGCAAACUAACAUGUGAUAUAUAACCUCUCCACUUCAUUUACAUUAGCAAUUAUUCUGAACAUCACAACUUGACUACAAAGAAUGAAAACAUUAGCAAUGCGCCUAUUUACUAUUUCUCCAAUAUGAUGACUUCUUCAUUUGUCAGCAUGUAACUGAUGUAAUCUCUCCUCUCCUCAAUGUUUCAACAAAUAUACCAUACAUCUUAUGAUUGCUCCAGCUGAAGACUGACCAGCCCAUCAUUACUCCACCUUUGGUGAGAUGAGACCCUGAUGGAUUACUGAAACAAUACACAAUUGGUAAGUGUGAAUUUCAAUUUAUACUUGACUAUUUUCAUUCAUACACUAUACUACUUGUGUAAACACUCACUGUGUCUCUUCCUCAGAAGGGAUGCAUACAACAGUGGUAUAUGAUUGUAAUUACCAUGAAUUCUAACUGUGUGAUUAUGUAACUGAUGUGUCAUGUCUUCUUCACAACAUGUAACCACACAUUUAUCCCAUGACACCACCAUCACAGGAGAUAUCAGCCACUGCCAACUCCAGCCAGAAACUAAUGCAUGCUAAGCAAGUGUGUUAUCACUAUAUGUUCAUUGAUUCUCAUUAUGUGAACAUGUAACUAAUAUAUUGUCUCUUCUUUACAGCCUGUAACAAACCACUCAACCCGCCACUACUCCAGGGAUCAGCCUAUGACAACUCCACGCAAAAAGGGAUGCAGCACACACUUCACAUGUACCAGAAAUUGUUAUUUAGGGCCCGAGCGUAGCUGCUAAGCAGCUGCGAGAGCCCUAUUAUUCCCCAAGUGGUUUUUCUUUGUUUCUUUCUUUCUUUAGGGCCCGAGCGUAG